AUGACGUCUUAUUCAGUUGCUUCAAGCGAUAAAACUGAAAACAUUGAUUCAUCAAAUAACUUUUUUUACAAAUUGUACGCCAUCAUCAAUCAUAUAGGUGAUGAUCUUAACAGUGGUCAUUAUUAUUGUUAUGUUCGAUCAGUAGACAACCUUUGGUUUCUUGUCGACGAUGUACACUGUCGAACCGUAUCUUCAGCUGAAGUUUUAAACCAUCCACAAGCUUUAAUGCUAUUUUAUGGUAAAGUAUUUUAUACGUCCAAAACAAUAGAUACGUCAUUUCAACAAAUACCACAUCCAUUAACAUCUGUAAUAACAGAAAGCAACAUUAACUUGGAUUCUUCUAUUUCAAGUUCAUCUAUGCCGGCAAUUUCAACAUCUAUUAAUGAAUCAAUAACAUUUUUGAAUGGAAAAAUAUCGACAACCAAGUCUUUAAUCAAUACGACGAAAACGAUGCAAUCUGAUAAUUUUAAUUUCUUACGUAAUAUUCAAUCAACGUCUGCAAGUACUCUUUCUGCAGUUAAUUCAUCAAAAACUAUUGUUUUAAACAAGGAUCCUGUUCCUGGAGAAACAGAAAGUAGCAUAACAACUAUUAAAAGAUGUUCAGACAAAUUCAUCAAAGAUAAACAGAAGACCACUGAUCAUAUAUUGAAUAAAGAAACUUGUAAGAAAUUAGCAUCAGUGGCAGCAGGUGUAUCGAUCAACGAAACAUAUGAAGAUACACUUAAACAAAGGCACUUCUUUCGUUUACGUCAAAAUGAACUCUUAAAAAUGAAUAAAUAUCGGUACGAGGAAUUAGAAAAAGUAUCUAAUCGUAAACUGCAAUUAAUGGGAUUAGCC